UGGCGUGUUUCCACUCACGUAUGCAGUUUUGCCCUGUGGUUUUCAUUGCGUUCUCCGAAGCUCUGCUGCACACGUAAAAUCCACCUAUACACACAUACAGAGUCAGUCAAGUGACUGCUCAGCUCUCGUCGUCGAGUUUUCAGGAGCAGCAGCUCACGCAUCACCCAUAAUCGACUUAUAUAUACAUCGACCAGUGUGUGUGUGUGUGUGUGUGUGUGUGUGAGCGCGCGGAGACUGAUAUCCGAGAUCAGUAGGAAAAGAGAGAAAGCUGAGCUCGACGACGACGACGACGAUUCCUGCAGCGACGAGACACGGACUCCAGCCAAGAUCCCGUGGCCUCCGGUGUGGAUUUUACCACUGUCUUGUCCCCGACCCGCUCGCAACACGAAGCUCAAAAUGCCCAUGAGCAAUCACACACCGCUGGAAGACAUGUCAGCUGGUCGAGGGCAAGGUGGCGGGGGGCCUCCACAGAAUUGUCUAAAAGUCUUUAUUCAGCGGGAUUAUAGCGACGGCACUAUGGUGAAAUUUCAAACGAGGUUUCCUACAGAACUAGGAGAUAGGUUGGAUCGACAGUCUUUUGAAUACACUAUCAAUCAGCUGAACAACUACUUUGCCGAGGCUGAGAGGGCAAGCUGUUCCACAUACUGCGAGGGCUGUUUAGCCUGUCUCACAGGCUACCUCAUAUACAUUUGCACUGAGACGCACUAUGAAAAGUGUCUACGCAAGAUUGCCAAAUUUGUGAGUGAACAAAACGACAGGGUUUACAGGCCCCGCGGGCUACUACUGACUGAUCCAACGACACGCGGCCUCAGGUUAAUAGAGAUCUCGGUGCUAGACAGGCCCGCGUCGUGACUGCAUGUUAGCCGAUCCACCGAGAUCUUCAUGUGACCUUAGCGCAUCUGCCGUUUUUUAAAACAAAAUGAAUAAAAAUCCACACGUUCGCGCCUAGGGCUAAGUGGUGUCUUGCUUUUUUGAGGCAUCACAGGCGUCGUGAUCCAAAAUUGUCGAUAUCUGUGCGAAAUGUUAAAGUGUACUGGCGUGAGUGAGAAAGUCGAACGAAAUUGAUCCUACUCAUGAUGUUUUCGUUCGUUUUUUCUUUAGGCAUGGUGGCCACUUUGUUAUCAUACCCAGAGUACCUGAUUGUAAAAAAAAAUGUAUCGAAUGUAGAACCAAAUAGAAGACUAGGAAAUCGUUUUAUUUCUCAGCAUUAAUGAUUAAGUUUAGUGAUGGAUUAUGAUUUUAUGAUCAUCUUUUUAUAAUUGUCAAUUUUAAGUGUACAAGUUUAUUCUAUGUAUUUUAAUGGUCUUAUUUCUUGAAUUCUUACAACUCCUGUUGAGUUUUUACAGAUUUUAUUUGAAAUAUUCACAGACUUCAAUAUUUUUAAUAAGUGGAAAGGCCCUGGAACAAUUACAAUUUUUUUGCCAAAGAAAAAUAAUGAAAAAAUGUCAGGUUCUUUUGGAUUGUAACUGUGGUGGCUACCAUGUUUGGGCGACGGAUAAUCCUAUACUACAUCGAGACCUACUAUUAUAUAUCAGUGGUGACAAAGAAGCUCUGUAUGAUCCAAUGGACUUGUGAGAAAAUUAAACACUACUUUUGCUGACUAACCAAAUCUUCCAACACCAUAGGUUAAAUUUUUUGUACGCGUGUUGUUUGUCAUUUUGAUGCAUCUUUUGAAAAUAUACUCAGUUCUUUCAAGUUCAGUAGAGUUAUGGUCAAGUUACAUUCAACUAUUUUUUAUUUAUUCAAUGCAUUCUUGCCUUCAGGAGUGUUGCAGUUUCUUUGCUGCCACUGUACAUGAUUCGAUAUUCUUUCCAAGAUAUGUAUAUGAAAGAAAGUGCGUGUUUUAACUGUGCAUUUAUUACACGAAAUGCGUUUAAAACAUGUAUGUCAUAUUAAACUUGUCACUGUGCAAAACAUGACACUGCAUAUUAUCUUAUUUUUAUACAAUAUUAUCAUACGAGUGCUUACGUUGUAAUAUUUUUUGCAUGUCAAAGGUUUGAUUAUAUUCUACUUCCGAACGUUUAUCUUCCGUCGCUCUUAUUUCUCUUAAACAGCAAAAGAAAUGUUUGAAAGAGUAUGUGAUUAAAAUGUAGUUUCGAAAUUCGUGCAAAUAAUCUGAGAUAGGCAGUUCUCUGGAGGGGAAAAACGGAAUGGAUUGUGCGAUGCGGUUGAAUUACACUAAUUUGUUGAAGAACGUCUUUUUCUUCGUAUUUUGUGUGAGAUCUAAGGAUCGGCUAAUAAUCUGGGCAUUGUGAAAAAAAUGAGAGUGAAGAUUGAAGAGCAAGAAAAACAACAUAAGAUAUAAGCUUAUGAAUAAGCAAGAUUAGCUAUAAUUUGAAUUGUUUGUUUAACAAAUAGUACAUUUACUAAGUUCAUGCUUAAACUUGUGGUGGAUAGAAAGAAUAUUUUGGAAAACUAAUCUUCGUUUGUUAUGUCAUCGAAAAAGCGUACGUACAAAACUGUCAAAAUAGUAAAUUGUACUGGACUAUAAGUGAAAUUGUAUAUUUAUAUUAUUAAUUAUUAUUACUGCUAUUACUAUUAUAAUUAUAAUUAACUAUUAUUACUGUUAAUCAUCAUCAGCAUAUAUUAUAUUAUGUCAGGAUUAAAAAUGAUUUAGUUAUAAUAGCCUAAAAUAUCAAAGUAUAACAAAACUUGCUUUUUUAAGCAGUUACCACUGAUGUGCUAAGAUUUGACAUUGAACAAGCAGCUCGCUGACCAUUGUGAAGACGUCACUUUGUUUAACCGAAUGAAAAUCAAUACUUUUCAACGAUUGUUUUCGAUAUAUAUAAGGAUACUUUAACUGUAUUAAGUUGCGGUGUACCGAUACCCAAUUAUUACUGGAUGAGAAGUCUGAAAUGCAUUAUUUUCACGAAAAAUCGAUUAUUUUUUUAUUACACAACAUCAUACGCUAUCCCAAUUUUAUAGUUUAUCUGAAAUUGACUGAUGAUUAUAGUGCGUUACAAAUAUAACCGACGAACAAAAAGAAGGAGAAUUAUACGUGUGCAACAAUUCAUGAUCUCUCUCAGAAACAAAACUUGUAAAUAUAAUAAGUUCUGAACUGGAAUGAAACAUUGGACAUUGUAUACCAAGAGCCGUUUACUGUGUUCGCAUCUAUUAAAGUCAAAUUGACGUUCGCUAUAUUCCGGAUGAAAAUGUGCUUUUUUCCUCUUCCAUAUAACUCUCUUUCUCUCUCGUCCUUCACGAUCGAGGCGGCUGGUGCGCGUUGCGAUAACGAGUGCGACUGCGAGGGAGAGAAAAAAGUCCCCGUGAAAUAAAACGGAGCGACGAUGUGACGAGGGGGUAGUAAAAAAAGCGCAUAAGAGAGAAAAUCAUAACAAUGCGUCACUGCCGGAACAGAGGCUUUCGUGUGUAUCCGAGAAAAAUGUUUCUCCUAUUUCUCUGUUCUAUUCGCCUUUCAUUUUUAUGAAAAAAGGGAAAACCUUCAUUGCUCUGUUAUUCUUUACGGGCGAUUUUGUAAUAACGAAAGCUCACAAAGGUACGGAAAAGCAUCACGCGUGGUUGGCUUUUGAUGUCGCGGAGAGACUGUAAAAGACGAGUGUGAAACAGGAAGACCGGCGCUGGAAAUAAUAUGCGAGAAUUGCGAAAUUAAGAAAAUUGUUAUACAUACUUAAUUUACCAGUAGGACCAAGUAACUUGAGAGUUGAAAAAAACAAACAAAAAAUAACCGCAAGCGAUUACCGACGUUCGAAUGUAAUUUCUAAGUGUUUUAUUAAUAAAAUCGACGCAAGUCCAGCAAACUUGCACAAGUCAUCUGUAA